GGGGGCGACAAGUAUGGGAGGGCUAGUUUGUGCUUUACGUCAAGGUUGCCGCCGAUGAUGACGGCGAAGAACCGGCUGACACGGGACUUUUAAAGUUAGGGGAGAACGUAGGGGACGAGUCCAGGUUACCCCGACUUCCCCAAGCCGCCUGUUGCUCAUAAAGCGAGGGGGGUAGCGAAAGCCCCGCACCGUGUUGCUCUUUGUCACCAACACGGCAAAAUGCGGCGGCGGUCAGGUGUGCGUCAAGACAGCCCUCGCUAACUGCACUUGGGAAGAAUUGCUCGUUGUUGUGUGCCCUCCCCCACCCCCGCUCGCUGCCGCACUGGUUCCGUCUGGCUCGCGCUCAGCUGCUGCGUGUCCCGGGAUGACCUGUUGAUGUCGGUAGAAUGGAGACUGGCAGGGGGAGCGAUUUCCCCCAUCACCAAAAUAUUUAAAUAAGCCACAUUUGGGUGCUUGAUAAGCGACGUCGCAGCCGAGCUACCUCGCCCGCCUUGACAAGCCUUCGUUGGUGUGCAUUGGCGCACCAUGGCCCAGACCCUCCAGAUGGCGAUCCCAAACUUUGGCAACAACGUUUUAGAGUGUCUGAACGAGCAACGUCUGCAGGGCCUCUACUGUGACGUCUCCGUGGUGGUGAAGGGGCACGCCUUCAAGGCUCACCGUGCCGUCUUGGCCGCGAGCAGUUCUUAUUUCCGGGACCUGUUCAGCAACGGCGGCAGUAGCGGCGGCAACGAGGGCAGCCCCACCGUGGUGGAGCUCCCUCCGGCUGUGCAGCCGCAGAGCUUCCAACAGAUUCUGGCUUUCUGCUACACCGGCCGUCUCAGCAUGACGGUGGGGGACCAGUUCCUUCUCAUGUACACUGCCGGCUUCCUGCAGAUCCAACAGAUCAUGGAAAAAGGCACCGAAUUCUUCCUCAAGGUCUCCUCCCCCAGUUGCGACUCGCAGGGUCUCAACGCGGAGGAGGCUCCGCCAUCGGAACCUCAGAGCCCCGUAACGCAGACGGGUACCGGCGCGGCCCGGCCCGCCGCCUGCUUGACGCCUCUCCCGUUAGUGUCACGGGUGAAGACGGAGCAGCCCGCGAGCCAACCGGAAGCCGCCGCUCAUUCCGUGGUCUGCGCUCCUGUCGCCAAGCGGUUGUGGGAGGGCGGCAGCAGCCGCGACGGAGGAGGAGGAGGAGGCUCCGGGGCAGGAGGGGGCGCCAGGAAGGCCGCGCGUUAUUCCCAGGAGGCGGCGCGAGGCAGUGCCAUCCAGAGCCCCGGAGCGCUCGGACUGGCCAUGGGCAUGGGGGCCACGGCGACCAGCCUGGCUGGCAUGAUGGCGGGCGGCGGACUCAGUGGAAGUGCCAGCACCAAUGGGACCUCUGCAUCCGGCGUGGGCAUGUCAGAGGGCGCCAGCCCGGGCACCCUGAGCACCUACGCUAGCGACUCGCCCGUCAGCUACCACGACGACGAAGAGGAGGAAGAGGGCACAGAGGACUGCGCCGAAGAGCAGUACAGGCAAAUCUGCAACAUGUACACCAUGUACAGCAUGCUCAACAUGGGGGCCACAGCUGCCGGCGAGCGGGUGGAAGCCCUCCCCGACCACACGGAGACGCGGGGGCGCAUGCGUGGCCGCGACCUCACUUGUCUCCCGGCGGAGUUGAUUGCCCAAAUCGGCAACCGCUGUCAUCCCAAACUGUAUGAGGAGGGAGAUCCGGCUGAGAAACUCGAGCUGGUCUCAGGUACGUCUGUCUUUAUUUCCCGGGCCCAGCUGAUGAACUGUCAUGUGAGUGCCGGGACCAGACACAAGGUGCUGCUGAGGAGGCUGCUGGCCGCCUUCUUUGACAGGAACACGCUGGCCAACAGCUGCGGAACCGGCAUCCGCUCGUCCACCAACGACCCCAGCCGCAAGCCCCUGGACAACAGAGUGCUCCAUGCGGUCAAAUUUUACUGCCAGAACUUUGCCACCAGCUUCAAAGAGAGCGAGAUGAACGCCAUCGCCGCCGACAUGUGCACCAACGCCCGGCGAGUGGUGCGCAAGAGCUGGAUCCCCAAGCUCAAGCUGCUGAUCGCCGAGAGCGACGCUUACUCCGCCUUCCUGUCCGACGGCGUCAAAGCGGAGGACGACACCCUGGGCGCCGACCCGGCGUUCGACCCCGCCUCCCUCGAAGCCUCGGCCUCGGCCGGCGCCGAGUCGGGCAACUCUUCAGGUGAAUCCUUACCGGGCGUGAGCGGGGACGUGGGAGCGUUAUUUUGAGCGUGGCGUCGGGGGUUGGACGUUUAGCGACACGCGCGGCAGUAUUUCCCACUUGCGCUUGCCUCCUCACUCUCACAUGUGACUGUCCAUACUACACCGCUACGGUCGCAACCGGGACACGGAAGCGACCUUUGUUUUUCUUUUGAGACUGUAUAACGGAGCUUUUCGAAGGGAGGAAGCGCGCGAGAGGGCACCCCCGGCUGUCCUCUGCCUCUCCUUGCCCUUUUAAGGAGUGUCAGCACAUUGGUUGUCGCAUAUAAAAUACAUUCCCAGUACUGCUCGGUGGUACGAGUUGAUGCCAGAACCUGAGGAGGGGAGGUAGCCACUUAGUUACGAAACUGGAGCAUUUAUUUGGAUAGACUUGAUAUCCAGCUUGAAGUCCAGGCACUAGUUUUGGCCUAUUCGUGUGCAAUUGGACCAUACUUGUAAUGUCACUCGUGACACCACUGCGCCCAACUACAGUAGAACUCCUCUACAAUGAAAUCAUGUUUGCAGCCAGUCAUUUUUCACAACAGGGGACUUUUCACUGUAGCAAAUUUGACACUUCAAUUCAAUGCACCGGUAGGGUUAUCUGAGUACACGGACCUCCAAGUGAAUAUCAAGGCUGUCGAUUAAAUGCUCCAAAGGCUCUCCGUAGUUCGUAGUUUGUAUUGAAUGUAAGCGUUGGUGGCAUUUUUUUCUUUUUCUUAAUUAACCCCCGUGCGAGAAUGCCUACUUUUUGUUCCACAAACUCCCAAAAUGAGCGUGCCAGUAAGUGUGGGUGUGUGUGUUUGUGUGUAUCUUCUCCAAUUUGAUCUUCCACUUAUCGAUCUUCAAGUUUUCGUGCCCCCCCCCCCCCCUCCCCCCAGCCCCACCACAACUGAGUUUGACCAAAUCUACCUUUUGUUGUGUUUUACUGUGCAGUGUUAUAUAAAUAACCCCCCCCCCCACCCCCUCAUCUUUGUUUUGUAUAUUUUUAGCAAGCUUGACCAGUGAUCAGAGUGACUGGGAGCAGAUUUUUACUGAGACGACUCCAAUGAAUACUUUGGUGGUCAACAGAUAAUGAAAAGAUGGUCAUAUUUUUAGAAGAGAAGCUAUAUUUGUGCGCGUGCUGCCACGUGCGAGCGGGGGUGGGGGGGGGAGAUUGUUUUAAAUUCUCGACGUUUUGUUGAAGGAGGUGGCGGCAAUUGAGGAGAAGUGCUAAUUUUAUACAGUGGAAAGAAGUAUGAUGCGGCAUCGUUGCACCGUGAAUAAUUGGAAGUUAUGUUCUGGUGCGGUACGGAUGGAAUGGGCAGUGGAACUGCUACUUUUGACGCAUUUCAUCUUCCGUUGAUGAGCCGAAAAGCAGGUAGACGGAAUCGGCUGGCUCAACUGUUUUGACAAUGACGUGCAGGGAAGUUAAGGCCCCCCCCCCCAAAAUGACUACUGUACUUUGUAUUCUAAUCGUGUUCCGGGUGGGGGAGGUCAUAUUUAUGGAAUCGUGGAAUGUGCCUUUUAAAAUGGAGAACAAUAAGCGGAAUUUUGUUCGGUACGAAAGACGUCCGCAGCAAAAUGGCUCUGGUUGACUUUUCUUGGUGUUUGUGUGGAUGUGAAGGAGGAAUCGGUGCGUUGAUAACUUUUUAUUUUGGAGGUCCUCCCAUAUGAGGCAGGGUGGAGGUUUUCGCACCUUAGGGAGAAGAACCGGCGGUUCGUGCACCUUAUUGACAAGUGAUGUGUUGAUUGAACCCGUUGAGGUAGAAUUUGUCCUUUCCUCCCUCCAAUCUGCACGCGGUUCAGUUUUAAGCGGCAAGAUACGCCUUUGACUUCAAUGUUCCUGUUACUGAAUGACUUUGUUACUGAGACUGUGCGGAGCGUCGCACGCGUGUCUUCAGGAAAACCCUCAACGCGCCGACACGUCGGACGCAAAGGUGUUUGUUUUUUUUCUUGCUCAAGUGUUAACUCGAGUGGCUUGCUGCGCUUCUUUUUCCAAUGCUGGCCAGCUCAACCUCACUUAAAAUAUGCAUCACCCCCCCCCCCCCCCAUUCAUCCUUUUUGAAACAACAAGAAUGUGUGUUGUGAGAUUUAAAAAGAAAACAAAAAUGUAAAGAGAGAUGCAGUACUUUUGGGAUGAAGCAGUAAAUAACUACAAAACCUCAUACGAGCACUCCACUUACCUCUGCAGAAAUCUUUUGAAGACUGUUGUGCUUCCCGCUGUUUUGUUCAUCUCCACCACAGCAUCAGCAGCCUUGUGCUCGGACUCAACUUUCAAAUGCUCACUGGCUUACUACUAUUUUCUCGGGUGUGUGUUUUGUUGUAGGUGUGACAUUUAUUUGUUGUCUUAAGACAACUCCCCCAGUCAGGUUUAUUCUGCUGCCAAUUUCCCGUGUUAGUAUGAAUUAAGAUCUGCGGGCUACUCGUGGUCCUCGAGGGCGCGUUUUAGACAAGCUAGCAAACGAGUCAACAGCGCCAAGUUGUGGACUCCAGCUCAUGCCCCCCCCCCUCCCCCCUCCAAUGAAUCAACAAUCAGUUCCCCACAAUCAGCAAAAUGUCUUCGCAAAGAGUUUUAAUGCUCAUCGCCCUGUUGCAAGUCGUCGGCAUACCUCCACUCUUGCAGUCCGAGAAAUGCCCUUCAAUUUUGCACUGAAUUUUCUUCUUCUCCAACUGCUCAAAACCAAGAACGUCAGCAGCGGGAGACGUGUGACUAAUAACGAGGUCCUAAAUCAGCAUCGCGCAGAUGCACUGACUGAUCCGGAUUCCCUUCUAAGUGAUGACUCAUUGGCUCCCGCGCUGCAGUAGUAGCUGUGAUUCAGCACUCUUUUCUAAGGAAGCAAGCGUUUUGCUCACUUUGACGUCAGCGGGCCGGGCAGAGUGCAGGAUUUCGGCCGUGGCCUCGCCCAAUCCAAACUUCAAGGUGAACCCUUCUGUGAGAGCCUUCGUCUUCACUGUCUAUCGACUGUCCUUUUUUUUUUUCAUCCCUCAAAAUGUGUUUACACUCCACACACCUCAACCUACACACAUGAACGGAUGAUGUGUGGCUUGGCAUGGAGAUCCUAGUGUCACACAACGGUACAUAUAUAAAUAUGAUAUCUAUAUAUAUGUAUAGAGGAAUACUGUAUAUAACGCAUAGACACACGUAGAGGUAAAGUUGUUUGUUGUCCACUCACAGCAUGAGGCGUAUCCAGUAUUUACCCUGAAAAACGGCGCUGCUUAAUCACAACCCGCACAGUAACUGGCUUGCCCCCCCAAAACCCCGCAGCGCCGCCACCUCACCACCUCUUCUUUCUGUGUUCCAAGUGCCAAUAACUUUGUGAAAGCCCUGUAACUGUGACCCAACAUUAUUGACGGUAAUUGCACAUUAACAAACUGUAAAAUAAAAAGUGUCCAAAUGGAGUCAAUGAUGAAUAUCUUAAUAAAAGAUUUGUAACAA